UUAACAAAAUAUUACCAUAAAUAUAUAAUUACUAUAAUUGUCUAAUAUCUUCCUCUCAAGCUGAACACCGUGAAAUGAGAGGAAGCUUGGACACCAGAGUCGUGUAGUGUGGGGAAGAAUUUCAAACUUGCUCAAUCUCCAUUCCUCUCCCCCAAUCGCAAACUGUAAUGGGUGCCAAUCAUAGUCGUGCAGAUCUGGAGCGUUUGGACUCCGAAUCCGAGUCCGAAACGGAGUCCGAUUCCCAGACCCAGGACAGCCAACCGGACGGCGGCGAAACAUUCGAAGACGCCAGCACUCCCACCUCCUUCCGACCGGAGACGCCGGACUCGGCUUUGGACGAAAUUGAUGCAAAGCUCAAAGCACUGAAGCUGAAGUACAAUGUCGGGUCGCCACACAACCCGGCUCCGAAGAACGCAGUUAAGCUUUACCUUUACGUUGGCUGCAACACUCCCAAGCCUAAGUGGGUCGUUUCCGAAAAGCUGACCACAUAUUCCUUCUUCAAAGGCCCAGUCGAAGAGGAAGAUGAUGGAAAUGAAGAGUGCGAGGAAAACUUCUGGUGGAUUUUGAAGAUAGGACCCAAGAUCCGUGUCAAGGUGGAUGAGAAUAUGCAGCUGAGAGCUCAUAAAGACCAGAAACGAAUCGAUUUUGUUGCAAACGGGGUAUGGGCCGCAAAGUUCUUCGACGAACAAGAGUAUGCAUCUUUCAUUGACAAUUACAAGGACUGUCUUUUUGGGAACAUGUAUGGCUACGAAGCAAAUGAUGCUAACAAGGUCAAAGUAUACGGGAAGGACUUCAUCGGGUGGGCCAAGCCAGAAAUAGCGGAUGAUUCUAUGUGGGAGGAUGCAUCUGAGAGCUUCAAGACACCAAUGAAGGAGCUUAAGCAGGAGUUCGAAGAGUCAGCUACUGCCAAUUGUGGAGAAAUCCAAAGCUUGGCAUUGGGGGCUUUGGACAAUAGUUUUCUGAUAAGCGAUUCGGGUGUUCAAGUGUUGCGGAAUUACAGUAAUGGGAUUCAAGGAAAAGGUCUGUAUGUGAAUUUUGACAGGGAAAGGUUUAGUUCUGCUCAUCAGACUCCCAGGAAAGCUUUGCUUAUGAGAGCUGAAACUAACAUGCUACUCAUGAGCCCUGUCAAUGGGGACAGGCCUCAUUCGAAGGGUUUACACCAGCUUGACAUUGAGACAGGCAAAAUUGUGAGUGAGUGGAAGUUUGAGAAAGAUGGUGCUGACAUUUCCAUGAGGGAUAUCACCAAUGAUAGCAAAGGAGCUCAGAUGGAUCCUUCUGGGUCUACGUUUUUAGGACUGGAUGAUAACCGGCUGUGUAGGUGGGAUAUGCGUGACCGACACGGUAUUGUUCAGGAUUCCACCCCUGUGUUGAAUUGGACUCAAGGGCAUCAGUUCUCUAGGGGCACUAAUUUCCAGUGCAUUGCCACAACUGGGGAUGGGUCGAUUGUUGUUGGGUCACUUGAUGGCAAAAUCAGGCUGUAUUCAAGCAGUUCCAUGAGACAGGCAAAGACGGCAUUUCCAGGUCUUGGCUCACCCAUUACCCAUGUUGAUGUUACCUAUGAUGGGAAGUGGAUAUUGGGUACCACUGAAAAUUACUUGAUUUUGAUAUGUACCCUUUUUGAGGACAAGGAUGGGAGGAUGAAGACUGGGUUUUCUGGUCGUAUGGGUAAUAGGAUAUCUGCUCCCAGGUUGUUAAAGCUCACUCCUUUGGACUCUCAUAUUGCCGGAGCAAACAAUAAGCUCCGUAAAGCACAGUUUUCGUGGGUGACAGAGAAUGGGAAACAGGAGCGGCAUUUGGUAGCAACCGUGGGAAAGUUCAGUGUGAUAUGGAAUUUUCAACAGGUGAAGGACGGGUCUCACGAAUGCUACCAAAACCAGGUUGGCUUGAAGAGUUGUUAUUGUUACAAAAUUGUUCUAAGAGACGAAUCAAUCAUAGACAGUUGCUUCAUGCAUGACAAGUUUGCUGUCAGUGACUCGCCUGAAGCACCACUUGUGGUGGCCACGCCCCUCAAAGUCAGUUCCUUCAGUAUCUCUUCGUCAGCCACCCGGCGUCUACAGCUAUAGAACGUAACAGACCCUGUUUCUUCAUUCAUGUUUCUUUUUUCUAUCCUAAACUGCACAAAAUUCCUGUAUCUUUUUGGGCUGUUGCUUCACAAGUAUUGUGAUAAUAACAAACGGAGUAAGAAGAGAGGGGGAUACAGAGAACAGAGUAGAGGCCGACCUAGGGUUCGAUCCUAGGUCAGGCGAUGGCGGUGGCAACUAGAUUCCGGUGGACACUAGAGGCAGCGGCGGGAGCAGUGGAGGUCUGGCGAAGCUUUGGACUACUCUGGUCUCUGUGCACGACUCAACGAAGAAGAACAGUCAGGGGAGCAAUAUUUUUCCUUUCAUAAACUUAUUUCAUUUUUAUGAGGAUUUCAAAUUUGUUUAUCUCCCAAUUUAUGAAUUUGAAUAUCCUGUAUUAAAUAUGUCCAUGUUUAUUUUCAAAUCUUGUUUUACUGUUGAAUGUUUAAAGUGAUGAAUUGUUUAUGU